AUGGACAAUUUCGACAUGUCCAACUUCGACCCCAAUGCCAUUCUGCGAGGCGCACAGCUGACUCUGGUCGGUGGUGGGUGUAGACUGUUGUACAUAAACCGUGCCCUCCAGAACCCAGGCAUAUUCACUUCGGACCACUACCGCCAAGCAGCCAUCGCUGUGGCAGCCGGCAUCGCGAUUCGAAUCAUCGUCGCCAUACCCGUACGCUUCCGCCUCGCCGGCAUGCCACUCUUAGGCAAAAUUGUUGGCGUGCGGGUGCUGCUAUGGAUCAUUUCGCUGUUCGUCAAUAUGGACCAUACCACAUGGGACGAAAGCGUCGUGGGUGGACUGCACUACCUUGAGCACACGGUGCUUCAAGUACCCUUCUUCCUGAUGACCAUGAUGCGAUAUCUCACACCAACGCUGGACCAGAUGUUCAUGGACUCCCUCCGGUGGGUUGACCAGACAUACUACCAGAAGCACAAGACCGAAGACCCCCACAACCUCCGCGCUCUCUACCACCAGAACCUCGAGCAAUACCCAAACCACGCACCGAAGCCUCAAACAGAGAAGAAGACGCCGUUGAAACAAGCAGUCAUCAUGUAUGCCACAAAGCAGGGGCGCAAGGCUGGCAUCUCACUGGCAGUCCUUGGUCUGUCGUAUCUGCCCUACGUUGGUCGAUUUGUUCUACCAGCAGCCAGUUUCUAUACCUUUCGCAAGGCAGUGGGUACCCAGCCAGCAGGUGCAAUCUUUGUUCUAUCGCUGGCCUUCCCGCGGAGAUAUCUCGUUACCUUUUUGCAGGCGUACUUCUCUUCCCGUACCCUGAUGCGUGAGCUUCUCGAACCGUACUUCGCGCGUGUACGUUACAAUAAAGACCAGAAGAAGCUGUGGUUCAAAGACCGCGCUGGCGUUCUCUUCGGCUUCGGCCUGGGCUUCUACAUCUUCGUCAAGAUCCCUCUCGUGGGAGUCUUAAUCUACGGUCUCGCAGAAGCCUCGACAGCAUACCUCAUCACCAAAGUCACCGACCCGCCGCCUCCACCAACCGAGGCCGAGAAGUUCAAGGAGGAGUCGCUUCGCUGGAAGAACAAGCACGAGUUCUUGAACAUGCCAUGGCACAACAUGGACACGUACAAUGUCGCAAUGCACAAGCCAGAGCAGCAGUCGGAAAACCACAUUCGACAAACCCAAGCAGCGCACCACAGCAAAAACGCGUGUCUACCGCCCACUAGCCAACGGCAUCAUCCCGGCUUCAUCGCCUACGUCCCACGUUGCCGAACAUCUAGCUCCCUGCACGAUGAUGAUAUACUGUCCACCCCGCAGUGGGGUAUCUUGCUCCGAAAGCGGUAG